AAGAAAGCUAUACGGAAUGCUCCAGAAGCCUUCCGGAGAAAACAUAAAGAAUAGUUGUGUUAAACUAUGAUAAGAGACACUGGUGAUUAUUGAGCGCUUUAACUGGGCUUAACUUGGGAGACAACUGAAUGUAAGACAGUGUAAAGCAGUACGUGAACACAGAAAAAGAUGACUCAAGACUCCUUGGCUCUAAAAGAAGAAGGAAACAACUUGUUUAAAAGUGGUGAUGUCCAGGGAGCUCUGAGCUGCUACACCAAAGCUCUACAUCUGACUGAGACUGAGUCUGAGCGAGCUGUGCUGUACCGAAACCGAUGUGCCUGCUACCUCAAACUGAAUGACUACAACAAGGCUAAAGCAGAUGCCAGCAAAGCACUAGAAACCGACCCAGGUGACAUCAAGGCCCGGUUCCGGCGUGCACAGGCUUUGCAUAAGCUCGGACAGCUGGACCAGGCCUUUCUUGAUUCACAGAAAUGCUCACAGCUGGAACCCAAGAAUAAAGCAUUUCAUGAUUUGCUCAGGCAACUCAGUGCUGAGAUCCAACAGAAGGCCAUGCAGCUCUCUUCCACAGACUCUCGUGUUCAGCAGAUGUUUAAACUCCUCCUGGACAAUUCUACACAGGCCUCAGACAGAGAGAAGGCUGCUCAGAAUCUGGUGGUGAUUGCACGUGAGGAUGCCGGAGCAGAGCAAAUAUUCAGGAAUGAUGGUGUGAAGCUCCUCCAGAAACUGCUGGAAUCUCAGCAAGAGGACAUGGUCCUCUCGGCACUCAGAACUCUGGUUGGACUGUGCACAGGGCAUCAGUCCAGGACAAUGGCCAUUGUGAAUGAAUUGGGAAUGGACAGGCUGUGUGGCAUCAUGGGUUCUGCAGUUUCGACUGUGUCUCUGUCGGCCUGUCACCUGCUUCAGGUUAUGUUUGAGGCUCUUACCCAGGGCAUGAAUAAAGAAGUCAGAGGGAAGGAUGAGGCUAUACUGCCAGAGCCAUCCCGCGAGCUACGAUCCAUGCUGCGACAUCUUAUUGACAUGCUACCUGCAUUGAGUGUGUCUGGACCUGGACGUGACAGUGCUAUCAACCUUCUGGUAAAACAAGUGCCACGGAAAUCUCUGAAAUGCCCAGACAACUCCCUCAGCCUGUUGGUUAUUGAUCAAGGUUUGAAAAAGAUUCUGGAAGUGGCAGGGACCGUUCCUGAGAUAACAGAGGGGCCACCUAUCACUGAAAAUACUCAUAUGAACUGCUCAGUCCUGCUUAAUAAGUUAUAUGAUGAUCUUAAGAGUGACAGAGAGAGAGAGAACUUCAACAAAUUGUGUGAGGACUAUAUCCAGUACCAUUUCGGGAGCCAAGGUUUAGAAAGCAAACUGCGUGCAAUACAAAUGACGUCAGUGUUGCUGCAGGGCCCCUGCGAUGUGGGCAACCGUACCUUGGAGAUGUCAGGCAUGAUGGAUGCUGUCAUUUCUUUGUGUGCUUCUGAGAAUGUCACCCAUCAACAAGUAGCAGUAGAGGCACUCAUUCAUGCUGCAGGCAAGGCAAAGAGAGCAUCCUUCAUUACAGCAAAUGGAGUGGCGCUGCUGAAGGACCUUUACAAAAAAAGUGAAAAUGAACAGAUACGGGUUCGAGCACUUGUGGGAUUGUGUAAACUUGGCUCAGCCGGAGGCACAGAUUUCAGCAUGAAGCAGUUUGCGGAGGGGUCAACUCUCAAACUUGCCAAACAAUGCAGGAAGUGGCUGUGCAAUGAUUCUCUUCCUCAGACCUCUCGGCGCUGGGCUGUUGAAGGCCUGGCCUACCUCACCUUUGAUGCUGAUGUGAAAGAGGAUUUGGUGGAAGACAAAAAUGCUCUUCAGGCCAUGUUCCAACUGGCAAAGUCAGAAGAUAAAACCGUAUUGUUUGCCAUUGGAUCUACAUUAGUAAACUGUACCAAUAGUUAUGACAUCGAGAAGCCGGAUCCUCAGUUGGUAGAACUGGCCAAAUAUGCCAAACAGCACGUACCAGAGGAGCAUCCAAAGGAUGCUCAGUCUUUUGUGGAAAAGCGUUUGGUCAAACUUUUGGAGGCUGGGGUGGUUUCAGCUUUAGUAUGUAUGGUUAAACAAGAAAGUCCUGCUCUCACUGAUACAUGUAGAGAAUUUAUUGGCAGGGUGUUCCUGGCUCUAGUGGAACGCCAAGAAGACCGGGGAAUGGUGGUGGCACAGGGUGGAGGAAAAGCAUUGUUACCUCUGGCAUCAGAAAGCACAGAUGUAGGUAAAGUCAAAGCAGCGCAAGCAUUGGCCAAAAUCACCAUCACCUCAAAUCCUGAGAUUGCCUUUCCUGGGGAGAGAGUUUAUGAGGUGGUGCGUCCACUUGUGAAUCUCUUGGCUCUAGAUUGCUCUCUCCUGCAGAAUUUUGAGGCCCUGAUGGCCCUCACUAACCUUGCUGGCAUUAGUGACAGACUCCGACAGAAGAUUAUUAAGGAAAAAGCUGUGCCUAAAGUGGAGGGCUACAUGUUUGAGGAGCAUGAUCUGGUGCGAGCAGCAGCCACUGAGUGCAUGUGUAACUUGAUCUUAAGCCCUGAGGUGCAGAAACUUUAUCUGGCUGCAGACAGCGACCGAUUGAAACUCUUGGUUUUGUACAGUGGUGAGGAUGAUGAGAGACUGAGGAAGGCUGCAGCUGGAACCCUGGCAGUGCUCACUGGGGAAAUGCCAGAAGUCUGUGCACGGAUCCCCAGCACUACCAGUCACUGGUUGGAGAUCCUGCAAGCUUUGCUGCUGAGUGACAGCCAGGAUCUGUGUCACCGUGGUGUAGUCAUCACAAUGAACCUGAUGCAGGCAGAGAGGAGUCUAGCUGAAACCCUAAUGGAGAGUGAGGUGAUGGAGAUCCUCUCGGUCCUGGCUAAAGCGACCGAAUCUAACAAAGCUCCUGUCAGUAGAGCAGCCCAGCACUGUCUUGACUUAGCUCUGGAGUACGGCCUUAUCAGGAGCAACAACGGCAAAACCAGUGGAAAAUCUGAUCCAUGAUCAGAUGGGUUAUCCUUACACAAGCAACUCACUACAAGUCUUAAUUCUAAUGCAUACCUUAUUUUCAUAUGUAAUAUGUGAUUAUACAGAAUAUUUGUUAUUCGGAAAUGAGAAUGGACAGCAGGGAAGAGAUGUGUUCUAUGUGUGUUAUGGUUUCACCAGACAUAAUUAUUUAAUAGCACAUUUACUUUUUUUUUUUUUUUUUUGUUGCUAGUAGCUGGUUAGACCUAGCUGGAUCUUUUAAGUAGUCUUCACAAUGAAAGGAAGUAGAAAUGUAGUGACCAAAUUUGUAUUUUUUACUAUUUACUUGCACUGAUUUUCAUUUUUUUUGUUUUUGUUGUUUUCCUUCAUAGUUUUACUUUCUUUUUUCAGCUUUUAUAUAAUACCGAUGGACAACGGCAUAGCUAAAAUAAAAAAAACGUGUAAUAA